GCUCUAUUUUGGACCCAGAGGGGGCAGGGUGAGUCUCAGUGGGGUGACCUCCUUCUCCCCGCUCUGCUUGUCUCUCCCUCUCUGCUACGCUCUAUCCUUACCCCAGAAUUUAUACACCAAAAUAUCAUAAUCAUAAUUUCUUGGAGCUUAACUGGAGCCUCCAACUAUUUUUUUUUCUUGAAUACCCUACCCUUUUUUUUUUUUUUUUGGUUGGGACAUUUGUGGUGUAUUUUUAGUACUGCUAUUACCAGGCUUAACGCAACUGUUGCACACUUUUUGCCGUUUUGUUUCCGUUCGUCAAGGGGAGCCAAAAAGGAUUUAAUAAAGGAGUUUCAUGUGUAUUUCUACGAUAAAGGAUUUCCAGAACCUCUGUAGGACCGAAGGUUAUCACUGAACAUCCAACAAACUCAAGGGCUACAAGGAGUUGAUGAAUUCACAAGAGGGAUGCUCGGCUGUGAUUGGUUGCUGUAACGUCAUGAAUGGAGGAAAUCAGGUCAUCAAUGAGUGCUCAGCCCAGCAGCGGGGACGCAGUCCCUUCGUCUCGGUCCAGUCAGAGGUCAUUUUUGGACGAUGUGAUUUUAACCUUCAGCUCUCCGAUGGCCUGGUUGCUGAUUGUGGCUUUGGUCAUCACAUGGUCAGCAGUGGCCAUCGUUUUGUUCGAUCUGCUUGAUUAUAAGACUUUAGCAGACUACACAUCAUACUGUGACGAUCCCGUGUGUUUAUCAUCUGACAAAACCAAAGGUGGAAGAACAGGUGUCCCUCCUCCUUCUGCUGCUCCCAGGAGAACUUUAAAGAUAAGAGGUGGAGUUCGUCCAAUAAAAUCAAGCCUUGCUGGAAUUGAUGCUCAGGAGAGCACCGAUUGGCUGGGGAUGAUCUGGACAUUUGCAACCAGUUUAAUAGCUCCUGAUGAGGAGGAGGAAGGAGGUAUUCACCAGCUAACUGAAUCCCUCACAUCCUUCCAUUCAGAGGAGCUCUGAGGAUGAGGAGGUGGAGAGAGGAAGAGAAUGAACAACCGUGGAGAGCCGCGAGGGGGACAUGGACAUGAGGGAUAAGAAAAGCUGAAAGAGAGGAGUGUGUGACAAAGAUGGGAGAGGAAUGUUUUUUUCUGUCUACUGCUAGUUGUAGUUUAAUCAAUAAAGACUCUCAGAUUGAAA